AUGGUGCGGCACAAGAAAGACUUUGCCGGCCGCGGCAAGAAAUUCGGCCCCCGCGGCGGCGGCUCCUCACGACCCCGCGGCUCAAACAACAGCGACUCGGACGACGGCAGCGCGCGCCGCGCCAAGCCCGCGUUCAAAGCCGCCUGCUGGGAUCUCGGCCACUGCGACCCGAAGAGGUGCUCCGGCAAGAAGCUGAUGCGUCUCGGCCUGAUGCGGGACUUGCACCUCGGCCAGCGCCACAGCGGCGUCAUCAUCACGCCCAACGGCAAGCAGGUCGUCGCCCCCGACGACGCCCCGCUGCUCGACCAGCACGGCGCCGCCGUCGUCGAGUGCUCCUGGGCACGCACCCAGGAGGUCCCGUGGGCCAAGGUCGGCGGCCGCUGCGAGCGCCUGCUGCCGUACCUGGUCGCGGCCAACACGGUCAACUACGGCAAGCCGUGGCGGCUCAACUGCGUCGAGGCGCUGGCCGCGGCGUUUUACAUUUGCGGGCACGCGGACUGGGCCGCGCAGAUCCUGGCGCCGUUCUCGUACGGGCAGGCGUUCUUGGACAUUAACGAGACGCUGCUGGACAAGUAUGCGGCGUGCUCGGAUGCGCCGAGUGUCAAAAAGGCCGAGGAGGAGUGGAUGGCGCAGCUCGAUCGCGAGUAUGCGGAGAGUCGAGAGACAAAGGAAGACAUGUGGACGAGCGGUAACACGAACCACCGACGGCCGAGGAGUCCAUCUGACGACGAGGACGAGGAUGAGGAUGAGGAUGACCAAGAAGAGGAACAAGGUAGCGUCGACGGGAUAUACCUAGGCAAGCGGCCGCAAGAGAUACAGGACGAGGACGAGGACAAGGACCCCUUUGCCAUUUCCGACGACAGCGACGACGACCUCGCCAUGGCCGAGAUCCGCCGCAAGGUGCUCGCCUCCAAGACGUUUGCCAACCUGGGCGAGGAAGAGCCCAAGGCCGCCCAGCCGGCGAGCGUCGCCCGCCCGCCGCCUCAGCUCAAGGAGCAUAGCGUCACGCCCGACUCGGACAAUGACGGCGGGGACAGCGACGACGACGAGUUUGACCACAUCAUGGACGCGACGCCCGUGACGGACCGCCUGGGCCUGUCAAAACUGGAAAAGGAGCGCGCGCAGGCGGCGCUCUCGCGCAAGACGUUUUCGUCCAAUGUGGUUUCGGCACCGGGUCGGUGGUGA